UCUCUCUUCAACUGCACUAUAUCAUCUCGCCGCUUCCUGGCAACGACUAAGCUUUGGUUACUUGACCAUCGUGCUCCCGUGGGAGGGGCUCCCCAGCAUUGCUGCAUAGCACAAGAUGUCCUCUGCGGCAACAUCCCCUGCGGCGUCGUCCUCUGGGCUGUCGUCUCCUAUAUCCUUUGGAUCCCCGGUCUCGGCCGAGGACGUCGCUGAGAACCGCGCUACUGCGGAAGCAAGCGACGUACCCGAGUCCUCGGGACAAGCGGCGCGACGAGCGGCGCGACGAGCGGCGCAACGGGGAUCUGCACGGGGGAGGGCUAGAGGAUCUGCACGGGGGGGAGCACGAGGAGGGACACGAGGAGGAAGAGUAACAAAAGGAACAAGGGGAACAAAGGCUGCAACAGGAGCAAGAGGGGCUGCACGAGGAGCAGCACGGGGGGGUGCAAAACGUGAAUCAAAAGGAAAAGCAAAAGUAGGCGCAAAAAAAGGAGAACAAGGGGGACCAACAGGAGGAGCAAAGCCAGAAGCCAAAGGAGGAGCAAAGGGAGGGAAAGGAGCCAAAGGAGGGGAACCAGGUGCGGCUGGGACCACGAAGAGCAGCCGGUCACGCUCAGGCUGCUUCACCUGUCGUGUGAGAAGGAAAAAAUGUGAUGAAAGUCGGCCAGUCUGCAGCUCCUGCUCCAAGCUCGCCCUCAAAUGCCACUAUAAAGCCCCCCAAUGGUGGGCCACGGCCGAGCAACGCAAGGCGCAGAUGGGAAGAAUUAGCAUGAGGAUCCGGCAGUCGAAGAUCAUAGCAAAGGAAGGCAGCAUGCAAGAGUACGUGAAGCGCGUCGGAGCGAUGUCCCAGAAGACCGCCCCGCCAUCGAGUUCAGAAGCCGUUGAUGCAAUGCUUGGAGAGGGAUUCAACCCUUACACAUACACUGCUACCCCAAUGACGCCUCUUGCCCCCUACGACAUCAACGUGACCACAGAGACCCAGGCCUUCAUGUUACCUUCACAAGACAAUGACAACUCCACGACUCCGGAUCUUGCCUUGACUACUACAACAGCUCCAGCCUCGGCUUCUUCUUCAAGCUUGCCCAUCGACCCGUCUCUUGACUCUGUCGGUGUACCAUCUAGUUCCUCUGUCGGCCUACCAGCUUCCACUCAGAAUCUGUCCUUUGGAACCAUGAACUAUACGGACCCCAUGAAUCCCUUGACGCCCAUGACGCCCAUGACACCAAUGACGCCUAUGAAUCCAAUGCACUCCAUGAACUCCUUCAACUUCAUGAAUCCCAUGUAUCCCAUGAGCUCCAUGAAUCCCAUGACACCGAUGACCCCCAUAACCCCCAUGAGCUACAUGGAUCCUUUGAACCCCAUGGGCUAUAUGGGCUACCUGAACCCGAUGAACCAGAUGAGCUACCUGAACCCGAUGAACCAGAUAAAUCAAUUUAAUCAGAUGAAAUCGGCAAGUCAGAUGGGUUUAAUGGACCAGAUGGGCUCUAUGGGUCAGAUGGGCUUCAUGAAUCAGCUGGGUUCUAACCAGAUGGGUUCUAACCAGAUGGGUUCUAACCAGAUGGGUUCUAGCCAGAUGGGUUCUAACCAGAUGAGUUCUAGCCAGAUGGGUUCUAGCCAGAUGAGUUCUAGCCAGAUGGGCUUUAUGAAUCAAAUGGGCUCUAUGAAUUCGAUGAAUCCGAUGACGCCCAUAACCCCCAUGAGCUAUAUGGAUCCCAUGAACACCAUGAAUCUCAUGGGCUCGGCAAGUUCCAUGGACCCCAUGAGCCAAGCAGAUCCUACAACUUCGACGAGCUCAAUGGACCCCCUGAACCUGGCAAACUCAAUGGAACCCCUGCCCUCAACAAGCCAAGUGGACCUCAUGGGCUCAAUAAACUCGACAGACUCGACGAACCUGACAAAUCCAGUGAACCCCAUGCCCUCGACAAGCCAAGUGGACCUCAUGGGCUCGAUGAACUUGACAGACACGAUGAACCUCACAAACCCAACGAACUCAAUGGACUCGAUCGAACCGACAAACCCAGCCGAGCCCGCGGACCUCGAACUCCCAGGAAACUCCAUGAGUCCGUCAUACCUAGCGGACCUCAUGGACCCGACAACCCCAAUGGAGCCCAGGAGCCCGACGAACCCAGUGGAGCAUAUGCACCCAAUGAAUCCUCCGCCAGCACCGGUAUCAGCACCCGCCCAGAAGCAAUCUUCAAGAAAGACCGGUAAGGGAAGAAAGACCAGUGAGGGGGAAAAGACGGGCGAAGGAAAGAAAAAAGGUGAAGGGAAAAAGACCAGCGAGGGUAAAUCUCGAAAGAAAUCCAGCCCAGUCCAGAACCCCCGCCCAAUGGACAGAGGGUUAAUGCAGCAGAACCGAACGCUGACGAGCUACCUUCUCUCUCUUAUACCUCUCUCUGACGACGACAAGCCUCUGCUUGAACAUUUUAUCAAUAGAGUGGUGCGGGUGGUGCUUCCCAUUCCUGAUAUCUAUGCAGGGAACCAGACACACGUGACGGAAAUCGUCAACUCGCUGCAGAACAACCGUGCGUAUCUCCAUUGCUGCCUCAGCGCAUCCGCCAUUCAUAUGAAGGCUAGCCAGCGGUUGGAAGAUCAGAUGGAUCCUAAUAUCAUGGAUCACCGCUAUACCGCCAUCUCACAGCUUUCCCGAACCCUGUUACAUGGUACCGGGGAUAUGCAUGCAUUGAAUGGCACGCUUGCCUUGAUUUUCUACUACAGUGCGGUCAGCACCCCGGACGAUUAUCUUCCUGAUAUCUCAUGGACACAUCACUUCACAGCCGUGUGGAAUCUCGUCAAGAAGCUUGACCGCCCACCAUCUCCAUUCAAUAUUUCCCUGAUCGCUUGGAUCGAUAUUCUUGGCUCCACCAUGGUCGGAAGGACGCCCGCAUUUUCUCAUACCUAUCGUACGAAGAACAUGCGGGGGAUCGGUUCCGGCCUUGAGCGGCUGAUGGGGUGCAACGACCGUAUCAUGUACACGAUUUCGGAGAUCGCGUGCCUUGAGAACCUUAUAGCCGAUCCAACAUCCAACAUUGAGGACCCUGAAAUCAGGAACCAGUUCGCUACCCUUACUGGCCAGCUGAAUUGGACUGAAGAGCAAAGUCGGGGCUUCGAGGCCAUCUACACCCCCCAAGGGGUGAUCAGGCCGGACAAACUCACCAAGCACAUCAGUGGGAUAUACCGACUUGCCGCCCGCAUCUACCUUUACAGCGUCAUGCCGGGAUUUGAUUAUCACGACGGUACCAUCAUGAACCUGGUCAAUUCCAUCUCGGUUGAUUUGACGUACAUUCCGUCAGGUCCUAAUGGAUUUGAUCGCUGUCUGGCAUGGCCAUUGUUCAUGGCAGGGGUGCACUCUACACCGUCCAGCCAUUUCCGAAGAGUCUUGACUGAGAGGGUGGCGGCUAUGGGCUAUCUUGCCAAGUUCGGCAGUUUCGGUCAAAUGUAUCGAAUUCUGACGGAGGUUUGGAAGACCAGAGAGGGCCCUCUCACGACGCCUUCGAAUGCCGCCCAGCCUCAGCCGGAAGCGUCCAACGCCGUGGGAGACGAGGGUUCGCAACAACCCCCAGCCCAGGACAUUCACUGGCGCGAAGUCAUGAAGCGCAAGAACUGGGAGUUCUUGGUCUUGUGAGAGGGGGCGUUAAUCGGUAAGGCAAGGCUGGCGGUGUCAGCACCUCGUGUAAGUCGUUCUAAGCGGCGUGUUCCUUCUCCAUGUUAUGUCGUUAUGUCGCCAUUCAUAUUCUCU